CUAGAUAUUUGUUUUAAAUCUCCAAAUAAUAUAUGCACAUAUUAUCUUAUAUCAUUAUCAUGCAGUUUGGAUUGAGAAGAAAUGGAUCAUAGCAUAGUUGACACUGCAAUGACUUCAAGAAAACGUAAAAGAGAAGAGUAUAAGAAGAUAAUCUUAUUAGCUGCUGCUUGUGUUGUUCAUAUGGUCAUUGGUGUAGUGACAUGGUAUCAUAAUAACUAUUUUGUUAAGGAACCAACCCGUAAUUGGGAACUAGAACGUCAGAGCUUCCUUAAUCGUCUUUAUAGAGGAACAAAUAAAGAUUGCAUUGAACAAUUGAGGCUUAGUAAAAAUGCAUUUUUUAACCUUUGUAGAAUUUUACAAGAAAAGGGUGGAUUAGUAAGAACAAGAAAUGUUCCAACAACUGAAGCAGUAGCAAUGUUUUUACAUAUCCUUGCUCACAACCUAAAAUAUAGGGUAGUGCAAUUUAGUUAUUGUAGAUCUAAAGAAACCAUAAGUAGGCAAUUCAAUGAUGUCUUGAGAGCGGUAAUGAAAGUGAGCAAAGACUAUUUGAACUUUCAACCUUGUACUUUAGAAGGUGCGGAAGCAAACAAGUGGAGAUGGUUUGAGAGAUGUAUUGGAGCACUUGAUGGGACUCAUAUUCCGGUUACAGUUUCUCCUGAUGAGAGACCUAGAUAUCGUAAUAGAAAGGGUGAUGUCUCUACAAAUGUGUUAGCUGCUUGUGGUCCAGAUUUAAGGUUUAUUUAUGUGUUACCUGGGUGGGAAGGGUCUGCAGGAGAUUCUUGAGUAUUACGAGAUGCAUUACGUCGUCAAAACAAACUUGAAAUUCCAACUGGUAAUAUUUCUUAGAAAUAAUUUUUUUUCUUUUUUUUUGGUCUAGUUUAAGUCUAUGUUUGUUAUUUUAAACAUUGUAGGUAAGUAUUUUCUUGUGGAUGUGGGAUAUACCAAUGGUCCAGGAUUUUUAGCACCAUAUCGAGGGACUAGAUAUCAUCUCAAUGAGUGGAUUGGAAACACCCCUCAAAGUUACAAGGAGUUAUUUAAUCUUCGUCAUGCAAGUGCCCGAAAUGCAAUAGAAAGGUCAUUUGGGAUCUUGAAAAAAAGAUGGAGUAUAUUAAGAACUCCUUCAUUUUUUGAUAUAAAGACACAAAUAAGAAUUAUCAAUGCUUGUUUUGUGUUACACAAUUUCAUAAGAGACGAACAACAAACUGAUCAACUUUUAGAAGUUCAAGACUUAGAAUUUUUAUCUGUUGUUGAUGAAGAGUUAGUCCAUCAAUCAAGGGAAGAAGUUCAAAAUAAUGUCAUAGAUGAUAUCACAACUAUUCAAGCUACCGAGGAAUGGACAAGAUUUCGAGAUACAUUAGCUAUGAAUAUGUUUGCUAACUAUCAAGUUAGGAGAAACUUUGCUUAAGGAUAGUUCUUUUUAAAUGUAAUUUGCUAUUGCUGACAAACUUUGUGUGCUUUGUUACUAUUGUACUUUUCUAUUGAAGAUAGACUUUUAUGUACUUUGCUAUUGCAUAAAAACUUUGCUUGAAAUAUUUUCUAU